GUUCACUAACUUUCUUUCUGACAGCAAUUGGCCAUUCUCGACUCCUCGGUUUCUGAGUUUGUGCUACCUAUUAAACCCGCUAACUAAAUCAACCGUACUGGUGAUCAGCUACCUACUACCAACAUAGCACAUCGUACAGCAUUUAACCUACACAUAAAGCACAAUGACAAGUCGCCAACCCCUUCGCGGCUCCUGCCAUUGUGGGCGCAAUCAAUACGUUAUACAGCUCCCAGAGGAUGUCUCCGAGCGCGCAGAGAUCUACUUUGACAGUAGUCGGGAUAGCCGAAGAAUCCACGGAACGCCUCUUACGGCAUGGCUUCGAGUUCCUCUGGACUGGUACCAGUCUCAUACCGAAUCGUACUUUGACGACGAAUCGCGCGCCACAAUCCGGCGCACCUUCUCCCCCGCUCACGCCCCGCAUACACAGCAUGCUUUCUGCGGAUUUUGCGGAACACCUCUCUCAUAUUGGACUGAUAUCCCCAGCGAUGAGGCGAACUACAUGUCGGUGACAAUUGGGAGUCUCUCGGGGGAUGAUCAACGAUUGCUGGACUACUUGGGUCUUCUUUCGGAAGACGAAGAUGGAGAAGUGGAAGCUGAAGGUAGCCGGGGAGACCGGUCGACUGAUAUUCCACUUCACACAACGCAAGCACCCUUGUCGCCGUCUUCUACUAUCAUACCUUCUUCAAGUGGCACAAUGGGCGUCUCUAAGACCUAUAGACAAGGCACGGUAGCUGGGAUCCCGUGGUUUGAAGAGAUGAUCGAGGGUAGUCGAUUGGGCCGCAUGAUGAAGUCUAGACGUGGGUUCGGUGUCAGUGAUGAUCAUUCAACAACGAUACAAUGGGAGGUUAGCGAAUGGACGCACGAUGGGUCAGAGGGAGCUCAAUCUAGUUCGUCCUCCGUGAAGAGGAAGCGUGGGCAGCAUACCAGUGUAGAGGAAAGUGGAUCCCCGUAAGGAUUAGAAAGGUAAAAGCAACAAAACACUAUGGUUUAAUAAUACAGUUAUCAUGAUUUAUUCUUUUGGCUCUAGGUUGUUGUUAUAUAGCCAAGAAGUCAUGGUACAUAUCUUAGUUACUGGGCCAAGAAUUUAGCUGUUGCUAACUCUACAGCGA